GGAGUGGAGCAGGGCGGCUCUUCCUAGCCCAGACCGCUGUGGAAGCCGCCUCCCUAACGUGCAGUGCUCCGCCCCGUUCCACUCCGGGAUGGAGCCCGCCACCGCCGCCUGGAUUACUUUCGCCGUCGGAUUUCUGCUCUGGGCACUGGGGGACGCGGUGCCCGUCCAGGUAUCUCUGCCUUAUAUCCCACAACUGAAAGGCAAGUGCAGGAACCUAGAGACAGAGUAUUAUAAUGAUGAGAUCCAGAUGUGCUGCGACAAGUGUCCCCCAGGUAAACGGGUGCUGCAGUCUUGUACUAAGAACUCAAACACCGUUUGCAUCGACUGUGAGCAUGACACACACACUGAGGUCUGGAACUGGGUGGAGGAAUGCCACAGCUGUCGCAGUCGCUGUAAUCGAGAUUUGGUGGAGAUUCAGAAUUGCACUAGAAGGGAAAACCGAAUCUGUGCCUGCAAGCCUGGAUUCUUCUGCAUAACAAGGAGUCAGGGCAGCUGCCUGCGGUGCUUCAAGUUUACAAAGUGUCUCUGGGGCUUUGGAGUGUCUAAGCCAGGAACCUCGAAUUCAAAUGUGGAGUGUGCUGCCUGUGCCCCGGGCACCUUUUCAGACACUGUGUCAUCUACAGACGCUUGCAAGCCCCACCGAAUAUGUCACUCUGUGGCCAUUCCUGGUAAUGCAACUUCAGAUGCUAUCUGCACUGACAUGGUCUCCGCUCCUACAAAGGCAGGUCCACCUCUCCCCAAGCGUCAGCCUGGAUUCAUGAAUCCCAAAGAUACAACGUGGACCUCUCAGCCAAGUGUCACCCUGGGCACCUCUCCCCAACCCCAGCCACAGCCCACCAUCCGUCUGGUCUUUUCUAAUGGCCCUAUUCUUCCACUUGGGUGGAUUUUGGGCCUGAUGGUUGUCAUCUUGCUACUAAUUGGUCUGAUUUUCCGUUUCACGUUGUCUCAGAGAAAAAAGAAGCUCUUGUCCUGCAUCAAAGAAGAGACCAAAGUGCCUCACUCAGUAGCUGAGAAGAACCAGAGCAUCUCGGGCCACACCGGAACCGAACAGCAGAACCUGCUAGACUCAGAGGCCACCUCCAGCAGCAACUCCCUGGACAGCAUGCUGAGCUCUGGGGAAGUCAAGGAAUUCCAGGAGACCAAGGGAAUGGAAAACAACCCACACCAGGCUCCAAGCUCAGAGAGGUCCAAGUGUGGCCAGGGAACCAGGGCUGGCUCCAUGAACUCAGAACACGCCCACAAUGGAGGGACCCAGGUCAAGGUGACCUGCAUCGUCAAUGUGUGUAACUCUGACCACACCUCCCAGUGUUCAUCACAGAGCAGCUGCCCUGACUUUGAAGCCAGUUCCUCAGGCUCCACCUGGAAUGAGGAUGUCCCCUUCUCCCAAGAGGAGAGCCCCAGGAAGGGCAAGCCAGGCUCCCAGAAUGCACCUCAGACCCUGCUGCCAGAUUUCGAGGAGAAACCACUUCCCAUCGGGAUACAGGAUAUGGGCAUGAAACUCAGUUAACAAGCUGGGCCUCUUGUCUCCCCUUUACUGGAAGGAUCUGACCAGGAGCUGAGUGAUCUCAUCAGGAUACUCACUGCACUGUUUCUGAGGUCCGCCUUUUAUGGUGGGAUUCUGUUGCUUUUCUUGGGCCAGCCUCCACCCUUCCAAGGGCCUUUAUCCUCAGAGGCCUGUCUCUUGCCUUUAGAGAGUGGGGACAAGAUGACAGGGAGAGGUAUUGAAUGCCUUUUACCUUGGUUUCUCCCCUUUCUCAGUUUUCUUAUCCUGCUUUGUCUCUUCCAAGAUGCAUCAUGGCGCCUGAGCUGGGAAUCAGGACAUGUGGGUUUCUCAGCUCCACUGCUAAAGAACUUUGCAGUCUUGGCCUAGCCAUAUUCCCUUUCUGGGCCUUGGUUUCCUCAUCUGUCAGAUGAAGGAGAGGGACUAGAGGAUUUCCAAGGCUACUUCUAAAUGCCAAAUUCUUGGUAAGCCAAGAAUACUCUUAGAUCCUGAUCCUUCUCCCCAUGAAGACUUCAGGAUUCCUAUCCCCAUAUUCCUCAGGCAGGUAGGAGGAGGAGAUCGCUGGGGACGGGAGGGAGGGUGCAAUUGAGGAAAAGGGAUGGGAUUAAAAUGCCUCAGCCUAUUAAAAGGCAGCAUGGUACAGCAGAGAGAACAAUGGAUUUUGGAAUCUGAAGACCUGGGUUUGAAUCACACAUUUUGCUACUUACUAGCUGUAUACCCUCAGGCAAAUCUCUUGACCUCUCUGGGUCUCAGUUUCCUCAUCUGUCCCACCAGAAGGUUGGAUUAGAUGGCCUCUAAGGUUUUUUGUAGUGUUAAAUUAUGUUCCUAUGAGCUGUAGGGUCAUGCUGGUGGUGGUGGUGGGUAGGGAGUCCCUCUCAGACUCUGAGAUUUUAGGACAGUUCAUGCUGAGAGGCUUGGGGUGGAAGUGGGAAGGGAACCUCUCAGAUGCUCAUGCUGGGGAGAAAGGUUUCCUUCCUGGGUUGAGUCUUGUGACUCAAGUUCUAUGACACUUGUAACCACCGUAGAAGAUCCGUGACUAAGACUUUCCUGAACCUGCCCCGUUUCCUCUUUGACACCCUGCUCAUUUGGGUUUCAUAAUCUGAAGACUUCAUUGUUUGGUAUCUUGCCUUUAGCAAAGUAAUGACCCCUUUCAUAUGGGAGUAUGGUAUAGGGGAAUAGAAUGAGCAAUCUGGAACCAGAGGGCCAGGUUCGCAUCUUGGCUCUGCUACACAUUACCUUUAUGACCUUGAGUAAAUAACUUUCCCUCUCUGCGCCUCAGUUUCGUCAUCUGUAAAAUGAAGAGUUUUGGACUAGGUCACCUCUAGGAGGCCUUCUAGCUCUAAAUCUAUGACUAAGGGAGGAGACAGAAAUUGGAGCUGUGUGAGGUCCAGGAACCUUUCAAAAUCUGCUACCUCAGGUUGGGGGCCUGUCCCUGGCUGCAUACUUUUUUGCUCCACUUCUUCUCCCCCUUUACCUCAAAGCCCAAGGGCCCAGGAGGAGUCACUGGGCCACAUUUGUGCCUUAUCUCCAAAGACCUGAAUUUGUGUUGUGAGAAUGUGUAUAUUUGGGUGUGUAUGCUAGAAAUAAUUUGUGUAUUGUAGAAGAGAUUGCUGAGUAGAAUGUGCUAUUCAAUUCAAGGACCAUUCAUUAAACUCCUACUGUGUGCAAGGUUGUGGAUUCGAAGGCAAGAAGCUGUUUCCAAUUCUCUAUAAACUUUUCCUUCUUCUGGGGCAUUCUGGAAGUCAGUUUGGACAUCUUCUAGAAGUCUAUCGAACAGUCACAGGUGGUACACUGCAGUGAACACUGGAUUAAUUUGGAGUCAAAGGCCCAGAAUUCAGAUCCUGACUCUGCUGCUUGUUUGCCUGUGGGACCUGAGACAAGUCCGUUGACUUCUCUGUAAAAUGAAGGGGUUGGCCUGGAUGAUGUCCAAAGUCUCUUCCAGGCCUAACUGUGUUCCUGUGAUUAUUGACUACUCUUGCAGAAGAUGCCAGGACUAUGGACCUGGCCAGAACCAAAGUGGAGUUGUACUCCAUGAUUCUGGCUGAAAUGAAAGCCACUCUAACCAAUCUCAGGGGACAAGAGAAAAAAUUCACUGGACUUGAAUGUGGCCCUUGGCAGCUGUAAUAACUGGUUGGUUAAGAUUGGCCCCUGGCCCUUUCUCCCUUUUGACGACUCCAUCUUUGAAACAGAAACUUGCACCCUGAAGACCCUGGCCCAUGUCAUUCAAUUAUGGGAAGAGAGCCCCCUCUAGUGGCCACUUGCAGAAACACCUCAUUCCCAUCUCUUGGGAAAGACUACAAUAGACAUUUCCUCACUUGAGGUUUCUGCCCGAGUUCCCAAAUGGGCCAGGCGACACAAGGCCAGUGUCCUGGACGUGAUAUACAAUGAGAGUUUGUACUGUAUAAUAAAAUAGUUUUGCAAUAAAAUAUUUUCUACUUUUAAACCA